GUUGUUUAUUUGCCUGUAAGUGUGUCUGUUAUCGUUGUUGUUGUUGCUUGUUUGUCUGUAUGUGUGUCUGUUUUUGUCUUAUUAAGCUUUUCCUGUAUAGAUUCUUGCCUGGUUCAAUAUAUCUCUAACAUACCUUAAAUUUAUACCGGUAAUUGUUUCUUGCACAUUAAUCUGAGCUCAGUACUAUUUCUUUAUUUAUCUAAAAGUAGGUGGUGGCCAACUAGAAAGCCUUUGCUACUUUGGCCACCACACACAUUUUUGUAAUCUGUACCGUUCAUUUAUUUUGUUCUGUAAUCAUUUGUUGCAACUUUACUUUUAUAUGUAGAUAGUUUAUUAUGUAAAUAGUGUGAAACAAAUAAACCAACCAAUGGAAGUCUUGAAAAAAUGUCGCUUUCACCUUUUUAAAACUAGUUGUCAGUCUUCUCUGCACAAAAUUCGAGGAAAGUCCGUAUGAAUCUCGCCGCUUCGAUUUAUUAAUACGGAAGAAGUGUAGGGGUAACACGAAACAUAGUCGAAGGUUUCUCUCUUUCUGGUUGAAUGCUCUAGCUACUUCCUGAGUGCUUUUUAACAGAACUGAGCACCGCAGGAGCUUCUUUUUUUGUCAGUCAAACAUCAAAAUAUCUUAGCAAGUAUGCUUGAUUAUUAUUUUUAUUCAGUCUACCUGUCACGAUUACAAGUUUAUAUAUCCUUUACGGAUAACCUAAAAAAUUAUGCACUGACAUGCUGAUGUGAAAGAGAGAAUGAAUCCGAUGGCUAUGAAAACAGUGAGGUAUACUGAUAUAUGCACAUUUGUCUCUGUGUCUCGGCCAACUCUUAAAGAUCUUUGUAUCGAUCCCGCUCAACAUCAUAGUUGCCUGAACGUGCUUAAGUUAGUUAAUUUUUCGAAGUUCCAAAUAUAGUACUCAUGUUUUUGAUAUUAGCCCUGUUCUUUUUUAGUAUAUUCAUGGACCUCGACUUCGUCACGGUCCACACAAAUGCCAGAAAAUAACUCGGCCAAUAUCCAGCUAUCUUGACCUCAGGCUAGGUUAAUGUGGCAUGUAUAUUUACGCCUUACGACUAUUUUUUUUAUGGCAGUUUUAACUAUUUAUGGCCGCGAACGGUUAGCCCCAUUGACACCCUCCUAAUAUAGGCUGAAUAAGUGGUAGUGCCUUUGUAAUUUACAACUCGCAAAAAAUAAAGUUUGUUUUCCCCACAUGGUAAUUUCUAUUUGUUUGUACUUGUAAAACAGUGGAAAGCAUUGAAGGUACGUUCUGUUGAACUCCACAUCUCAAACUCCGAAUAUCCUUAGUUUGCUUUUCCCUUCCGAGCAACUCGAUGGCGGGGGAUUUGCGCCUGAACAUAUUGGGAAUUGUUGCAGGAAUAAAUGAGUGGAAAUCAUCUUUUUGUGCUCAUUAUUUUAUUAUUAUUUUUUUUAGUAUAUACGAAAACAACCAUUCACCUCAGUGUCGGUUGCGUACCGCCUCUAACCAACUCCACUACGGUGAAUAGUUGAUUAUGAUCUAGCAUGAGAUUUCAUUGCAAUUGUAAGCACAUGUUUGAGAGUCAUAAAGCAACGGCGACUAUACACUGUACACACUAAAAAAAACCUCGUUAGCUUAUCCACUUCCGGUUUCACUUCAACCUGUGGACAGUUAGCUGAUUUUAUCCGCAUUUAUUCGACUAGACUGGAUUGAAUCAAAAGACAAGAGUUCUUAGUGGACUCAUAAGCCCCCGGGGUUGUGAAAUUUUCCAUUCAGAGGAUUUUAACAGGCAGUUAAAAUUAAACAGAACCUACCCUCUUCUUUAAUGUCCUUCACAAAAAAUCCCCUAACUGAACCCUCUAAAGCCUUCGUUCCAUCCUUACCGGUAGUUUGAAUUAUAUCUGGCUCUUCUUCUAGAUCUAAAGCCUUGUGAAUAGAAUUAAUCAGAGCGGAUUUCCAGAGCCAAACAUUCCAAAGAAAACAAUAUUUAUAAACAUUAUUCUAUUUCGCCCUCCAGCCUCAGGGAACGUCUUGUACUUGCCGAUGUUGCAUUCAAGUAUUCGGCUAUGUAGCGAUGCAACAUCAUCUUCUAGCACCUCCAUGACUUAUGUUCAAGAAAUAAGCAGAUCCUAACCAAACCAGCUAUUGUUAUAGUUUCGUUUCAGAGGGCGAUGUCGUAGCUACGACGCUUGUCAUCUUUAUAAUCAUUACGCAGCUUUGGUCGACUUCUUGUUACCUCACCUGCAGAUUUCCGAGAAAACCCAAUUUACAUUCAAAGUCUUUCAGUCUGAACAGCUGUCUCUUGAAAUGUAACGAAGAGGCUUCAUUAAACUGAAAAAAACGAAGUGUUUUAAACUUUAUAUUUACAGUCCUAACUGUUGAAAGUUAUUACCCUGUAGAUGAAUCGACGUGCUUUGAAUGAAAAUAUUCGUGACUUGCGUGACUGACUGACAUUCGCUCACCAUUAUGCAAAUUGUAUCCCGAAUUUUUCGCCGUAACCAAGCCUGGGCAUUUCAAGGAAACAACGGAAGACCAAACUGGAACAUAUUGCCUCAAAAGCAGUUACGCGAAAGACUCAAUCGUAAAGAAAGAUGGGCAGUCCUAAAUGCUUUUUUCUCCUCAACUGCGAUAACACGUAUGAUUUGGAUGUUGUUGAGAAAUUUUUGGAGGCCGUAAACGGGAAAACGACGGAGAUUGAGAUACGAUCGAAGAAGGAAUAUUUUCGCCUCGGCAACAUGUCUGAGUUGACUAAGACUAUCGGCCAGAGCAGUGAUGGACCAAAAAUGGAUUGCGCCAUUUUUGUGGUCAAUGCACACGAAUCUAGACUGUCGAUUAACGAGGAGAACGCUGGGAUUGGUUACGCACAGUUAUACAAAGCUUUACUGAGGGCAACGGGUGAAAGAGUGAUUGUCAUUAUUGGUGGGGAUGACAACUACAAAAAUGCCACCGAGGAAGACGGAUCUAUCCUGUCGCGCUGGGCUCGAAGAAAAGUUUCUUCUCAGUUCGAAGAGGAAUUCAUGGAUGGAACGAAAGGGUUUAUUUUUUCCUGGGACAAGAAACACAGGGUGAUUCACGAGGAGGCGCUAUUACAUUUCCUUGAUUCCAACAAGAAGGGUGAAAAAUUUGUUUAUGAGAAAAAAACUCAGGCAGAGUCCUUGAGCCCCUCAGUUGAUCAAAAGCAGAAAACGGAAGUACAAGAAGCAAAAAUCCCAAAGAAAGGAGCACUUGAAAAGCAUGCAGCUGGAAUCUGUCAAGGGCAAAAGGAUGUCAAUACUUCCGGUCCUAUAACCGAAAAGGAUAAGUGCGAUGAUCGUGGUGCAAAAUCCGAGGAAGAGAAAGAAACUAUCCACGACCAAUCUAUGGACGCAGUUGACAAGGACAAGACGAAACAUUGGGUACAUGGCCGAAAUCAGUCUGAUUUACAUUUUAUUCAGAAUCUGUUCGGUGAUGAAUUGUUGGGAAAGGCGAUAAGUUUCUCCAGCGGACCUCCGAAAAGUCUGAGAGAACUCCUAGAACCUGUUCCAGCCAAUUCCGUAGGAUCUUGUUUCAUUGUUUUAGAUGGAAAAGACGUCGAAGAGUUAGCUUCGCAAUACGAGGACCUGCUGCUAUACGCCAGAAAUAAAGUUGACAAAAAAAUCGUCCUUAUCAUUUGCAAAAAUAACCGUCCGAUUGACGAAGAAAUCAUCACAGCUAAGUCAGCUGACAUUCUCAAAGAUAAAGUAUGGGUCCUGUGGUCCACAGAUCUUAGCACACCACCACUGGAUACACUGGUAUUAAAGACCCGACUUCAGAAUGGUGCGAUUUCAUACGAACAAGGAGAUGUAAAAUAUAGGAAGGGAGAUUGGACCCCUCCUAUAGAGAUAGAGAACCGCUUGUCGAAGGAAGGUCAGUCUGCUGACGACGUAGAAUUGGCAAUUUAUGCGCAUGAAGAAGAUGGAACCACAACGUAUCGGGUUAUCACGAACAAUCUUGAUUCCUGGUAUAAGCGAAUUCGUUUGUCCGUUUGUUUACCAUUUCUCGGAGAAAGGAGACACACCCCUCCGCCUCCGAGUGAUACGAUUGAUGCUCUGACUCUUGAUUAACACUAUUUUAUUAAAAUGCACAAAAUAUGCAGUGCACGCUUGAAACUUGCCCAAAAAGCUUUUAUGACGAAAAGGUAACUUUCAGAAUAGCGUUUGACUGAGGCUUAACUCUGAGGAAUAAAGACCUCCUAAGUUGUCUAUUAGUUUGUUAAUAUGUAGAGAAGAUGAAAAAAAGAAAACGAUGUGAUCUACAACUAUGUCACGCUUGUUAAUUAGAGACUUUUUAGUAUCCUAGAUGUUCAUGUUUAGAUUGGACGAUUUGUAACUCAGGACUCCUGCCCUUAUCUUUUCUAUUACGAAUUCGGGCUACUAUCAACUUCAGAGUUAAGCUCUUAAUUGAGGACCACCGCUCGCUGUAAACAAUAUGAAGUGUUGCGAUCUUCAAUCGAUAGCUUGACUCUACAAUUGAACUAACAGUUGCUCGAAUUCUUGAGGCAAACUUGUAAACCUUAAUUCACUUAUCGUAACGUUUUUGAGUAAUGAUAGUCUGCUCCUUGCAUCAUGGUACCGCCGGCGGAUGAUAUAUCGCAAAUAAAUAGAGACUAGAGAAUAUAAAAUUCUAAAAAAAUUAAUGAUAAUUUCAUAUAGCUAGAGUGGUAAGUCCAAAUACAUAAACAAAAAAAAUGUAUAACAUUUGGAAUAUGUGCCGCAGUGUCCACUGUCAUCUUUGCGUCAACUUGUCCCUGAACCCCAUCCCGGAGGUUUCUGGUGUGCGUCGUAACCUUCCUCAAGUCAGUAGGGUUAAUCAUCUGGCAUGUGAUAAAAAAAAUUGCAAUAAAAGUGUGAAAAGUGG